CAUCAAUAUUACAUAGUUACAUCCCGAGCUAAUAAAAGGGAGGUAAUAAUAAUAAAAAGGAAAAGCUUAUUAAUUUACGCUGCGCUAAGAAUUCAUCCAUACGGCACGCAUUCGGGGCAACCGCUUGCUCCAACAUUAAGCUUUCGGUUGCUUCUUUUUCGGCCCACCAACUGUACGUACGACGCAAGGGCUUACCGCUUCGAGUGUAUGAUUUAUUGCAAUAGCCACACUGGGUCAGAUAUCACAACAACAACUGCUUCUCCUGCACACUCAAACAGGGUAGCAACUAAAGCUAGAAAUAGAAGCGAACUUCGACGUCCGAACAACGGCAGCUAGCAUACUUGACGAGGAUCAGGCACCGAAGGCGGCGGCGGCGGUAGUAGCACAACUACAAAUAUUGCAAGCAGAGCGAAAAGCCUUCGCGCCAACAGAAUUAGAAGUAACACACGUAGACACAAGCGGAAAUACGGCGAAAACGGCCGAGGUCAUAAUUAGUGUGGCAACGUUUGCAGAUAGCGCAACAGCAGGAGCAGCAGCAGCGGCGGUGGGUAAGGCGGAGGCUAGCGGUUGUUACGGCAGAUUCAGACAGGCUUUGGGCAGCGUUGAAAGAGCAGAAGCAGCAGCAGCGGCGGUAACGUCAAUAGCGGUGGCGGACGACAGGGCCAUUGCUCAACUUCACAUACCGACGCCGAAAAUUCCUUCGCUGGGCGAGGCGCUGCUACCGAAUGCUCUCAAUAUACCGCCUGUGGCGUCUACCUUGGCAGCUGCAUUGCAUGCACAAAUGACAACUGCCGUACAGAAACAGCAGCAACACUUCCCACACCACCUUCAAACCCACCAAAAUCAGCACCCACAUCUCAACCAGCAGCAUCAGACGUUCUCACACCAGCAGCAACGACAGGAGAGCGACCAACAACAACUGCUGCAAGAGCACAAUCAACAGCGCUCGCAGCUCCUCAAAAUGGAUGCGGACUUUUGGCAACAGUCGCGCGGCCCCCUCGGCCUGCAUGCUGCCGCCGCACUCGCGACAAACCAGCUGCAUCACCACCAUCACCAUCAACAACAACAGGAGCAGCAACAACAGCCGCAUCAAGAACAACAACAGCACAUUCAGCACCCCCAACAACCACACCACAGCCAACAGCCACCGCACAUGUCCGGCGUGGGAGCAGUGCAUCAAGAACAACAGCAACGAGCGCUGCCUUCAACUCUUUCAGUGCUGCCAACACACGAGCAACGCCAACAAAAUCACCACUUGCUUUUUAAUGCAGCAGCGGCAGCAGCUGCUGCAGUACACCUGAGCGGUGUUGUGAAAUCAAACGAACUACAGAGUGUUUCUAGCGGCCUGAAUGUAGAGGGCGGAGCCUGCGGUGUUGCAGCCAACAGCUGUAAUACGCCAGAUGGCCAAGCCGUGUCCAUCAACAGUGCCGGAAACAGCAAUGGUACUGGCAACAGCAGCAACGAAACUACCGGUGAACGCCUGGGCAUUAGCGUUAAGCAGGAAACACAGACUGCGGCUGCAACAGCAGCUGCUCCCACGGCUGUGGCCGCGGUGGUCUCAGCAAACAACCAACAUCAGCAGCCUAAAUACCAAGCGAAUAUGCACAAUGCCAUCGACGCGCUACACCAGCAGCUGCAGCUGCAGCAACAGCUACAACACCAACAGCAGAACGACUUAACGCCAAGUGCCUAUGGUGCCGAUGAAACCGAUGCGAUCAGCGGUCAGCUGAAGAUGCAACAAGUGGCCACCGACCUACAACACGCCGCCCAUGUGCACCAGCAGCAGCCACAGUCGCAGCAUGCGCAAACGCAGUCACAUCACGCUGCGCAUCCACACUCUCAUCAUCAACAACAGCAGCAACAGUCAUCUACGCAAUCUCAGGUACAGCAACAGUUGCAACAAUCAAUCGGGCCACAACAGCAGCAACAACACGAUUUGGGCAUAGGGCUGAGCAGCCCGCUGCGCAUGCAGAGUGGGGGCUGCGGAACUACGCUGGUGCCUCUGCAAUCGCCUCAGCAAUCACUGACACCGUCCGGAGGGAGCUCAACGCCCGACAUUAAGUACAACAGCGAAAAAUUGGUUAACGAAAUACAGCUGCAAUUGUCCCGCUCUAGCAGCGCAGCCGCCAUCAGUGAACGCACUUUAGAAGAAUGUUGGUCGACCCUGCAACGUCGCAAAUUAUUAAACAUGGCAAAUAUUGGAUUCAUAUACCUACUUCUGAACAAUGGAUGAGAUGUGUCGACUUGUG